AUGUUGACGCGGCUGUUCAGCGAGCCCAGCCUGCUCCCCGACGUGCAGAAAUUCCCCAGCUGGGCGGAGGAGUGCGAGGAAGAUGAGCGGAGCGACAAGGAGGAGCGGAAAGGUAAAAGCGGCCCGCUGCAGGAGGAGCCGCGGGAAGACUCCUUGGGCGAAAACAAAGAGGACGGGGACCUAGGCGGGGACGAGGAGGAGGAGGAGGAGGAGGAAGAGGAAGGGGUGGAGGAGGCCGAAGGGGACCGGCCCAAGAAGCGCGGCCCGAAGAAGAGGAAGAUGACCAAAGCCCGGCUGGAGCGCUCCAAGCUGCGGCGCCAGAAGGCCAACGCGCGGGAGCGGAACCGCAUGCACGACCUGAACGCGGCGCUGGACAACCUGCGCAAGGUGGUGCCCUGCUACUCCAAGACCCAGAAACUCUCCAAGAUCGAGACGCUGCGGCUGGCCAAGAACUACAUCUGGGCGCUGUCCGAGAUCCUGCGCUCGGGCAAGCGGCCCGACCUGGUCAGCUACGUCCAGACUUUGUGCAAGGGCCUGUCCCAGCCCACCACCAACCUGGUGGCCGGCUGCCUCCAGCUAAACUCACGCAAUUUCCUCACGGAGCAAGGCCAGGAGGCCGCGAGGUACCACGGCCCCAAUUCUUCCUUUGCCCUGCACCCUUACACCUACCAGUGCUCCCGGCUCUCGGGCACGCAGUGCCAGUCCGGCACCAUGGCCAGCUCCCACGCCUUGCGGACACAUGCCUACUGCGCCACCUACGAGACCCUCUAUGGGAACGCGUCCCCAGACUACAACAGCUCUGAGUACGACGCCCCCCUGAGCCCCCCACUGUGUAUUAAUGGCAACUUUUCCCUCAAGCAAGACUCUUCCCCGGACCACGAGAAAAACUACCACUAUUCUAUGCAUUAUUCUGCCCUGCCAAGCUCCCGGCCGGCCGGCCAUAACUUGGUCUUCGGCUCCUCUGGGAUGCGCGGGGGCGUGCACUCCGAGAACAUCCUGCCUUACGACAUGCAUCUGCACCAUGACAGAGGCCCCAUGUACGAAGAGCUCAAUGCGUUUUUCCAUAAUUAA